AUGCAGAAAUAUCGUGAAUCGACUAGCGUUCGACGCUCGCUGAUGAUAUUGGGCGCGAUUCCGCUACUUCCUCUACUUUGUGCGGCGGUUGUUGACGCAUUUCCCCUGGAAUCGCCCGAUCUCGGUUUGGCUCACAGCGGAACGGUGUGGGCUCGUGGAGUAUUGGUAACACUCUUUGAUUCGUACUCGCUCUCGUGGAUGCUUGGUCAGUAUACUGUUCCAGCCGAAUGGCAGACCCCUGCAGCUGUACUUGUGCCAGUGUUCAAGAUCAUUCAGAAGAACGUACUUUGCCGACUUCUUUGUGGGCAGGACGACGUCAAGCCAGAGCUUGUUACCUUCAACGUGGACGUCACUAACGCGCUAUUCAUCUCGUCAACCAUGCAGAACCUCCAGUCGGUUAAAAGCAGUGCCAUGCUCAUUGUAGUCGACUUUAUGCAGAUGUUGGCUUCACUGUUCGAUCUGAGACUCAUGCUCAACGGCAUCAGAGAUGCUACGAACGAGAGUACAGAUCAAGCCAUCGCCUGUGCGCUGAUGGUUGCAUUGAAAUACCCGGAGCUGGGGGAGCGACCCAUGUUGAUUAAGAGGUCCUUCCCGUCCAAAUCGGAUAUCUUUCGCUCGUCUAAGCUUUCGAUGCAGAGAAAGGAAAGCGCAACUAACUAUAUCUCGCGGUUGUCAAGUAUCACACGAGUAGCCCCUAUUCAGGUUGAGGGCAAUGCUGGAAUUGUGCCAACGUGCCCUUUUGAGAAAAGAAAGGUUUCUCCGACUUUACUAUCGAGAAAUUGUACCGUUGCUUCGGAUUCCACGACGUUAGCACUUGUGGAGCAAAUGACGCCUCAGCAGCGCCAUUUCCUGCUUCAUAAAGUUCUGCAGAUCAUGUUCUUUAUGGAAUUCUUCUUGCUGACGGAAGUAUUGAAAACGCUCAUACCCGCGGCGUACAGCUGCUACUUGGUGAUCCUUUUCCACUGGCCCAACCGCAGAUUCUAUCCGCAGUUCGAUGGUCUGGACGAAUCUGGUUUCUGGGAAGUUGUCGCUCACAUUCAGAUCUACGGAAUGCUGGAGACCAUAUUGUUCGUAACAUUGAUUUGGACGCUUCACAAGAUGACCUACAAUUUUCCCGUACAACAACUUGGAUUCGCGGUUUCCAGCAAUUGGGGUAAAAUCCAAUGCAAGAUCGUGAUAUUUACCGUGCUCCUUCUACAGACCACUAUCCCUCAAUUGGGUACGUCGAACAUGUACGACAUAGUAUUCUAUUUCUCACGUAUCUUGCAUCUCUGUGUGUGUAAUUUAUAG